ACUUAAUGAAAUGCUAAAUAUCGGUUUGCCGUAGUUUGUUCUAGCAAUCAAAAUCGUAGUAUGGAUGCGCACAGUACUUUAAGGAAGCACGGCUACAACGUAGAAUCUUUUGGAUCAGGUGUUUGCGUUAAACUUCCUGGAAAAAGUAUUGAUAAACCGGUGAUAUAUGAGUUUGGGACGCCUUACAGCUUAAUGUAUAACGAAUUGGUAAAUACUGAUAAAAAUUUAUAUCAAACCAACGGCGUUCUUAAUAUGUUAGAAAGGAAUAUGAAAAUUAAAGAUCAUCCCGAACGAUUCCAGACCACAAAUUUACAAUUUGACGUGAUUAUUACUUGUGAAGAACGCGUUUUUGACCAAGUUAUACAAGCGAUUGACGAAUGGCAAACGGAUCAUUUAGAAAUUGUUCACAUUGUUAAUGUGGAUAUCAAAGAUAAUUUUCACGACGCUUUUAAGGGAAGCCAACACAUUCUUGAGUUAUGCCAGAUGAUUGAAAAGACGGACGAUUUAGAUGGGAAUAUGGAAAGUAUUUUAAAAAAAUUCGCUCAAACAAGGAAAAGGAAGAUCCUUCACUCUGUAGCUUUUUAUUGAUCUGAUUUCUUAUUUUACUUUGA